CUUAAUAUAUCUGAUGAUGCAAUCUCGUAUCAACCUGCUUGAUAGAACUAAUAUGUUGUUUAUCCCAACUUCAUUGGUUGUUUCUAGCCUUACAAAGGAUUUAUCUAAAGUUUCCUGUGAAGCAAUUCAUAAUCAGAGCAUAUGAGCAAAGACAAGAUUUAAUGAGGCUAUUCAUCCAAUUAUGGACAAAGACUCCAUAUUCGAUACAUCCUGUCACACCUUUCCUGAUAACUCUUACCAAGGAAUUGGGAAUAUCCCACUGCAAAAUUUAUCAGGGUUUACCCCAUUUUGAGAAAAAGAGACUAUGCCAAGAAUUGUUAGCAUUGAUCAUCAGUCAGUGGUGCUGAGAGAUAAUUCCUCUUCGAACCAAUCCCCAGAGAUCCUAUCUGCGACCCAAGAUUUUUCAGAUGACGUAAUUUUUAAACUGCCAAAGAAUUCAAUGAAGCAGGGAAAAGGUCAACCAAAAAUUAAAGGUAACAUUAUUAAACCUAAAAAUGAGGGAAAAGGAUCUCGAAUAAAACCCUCUGCUAAAUGGAAGAGCAUUAUACCACCCAGAAAAGGCAAGAUCACUAGUGACAAGAGAGAAGACGUUCUUUACAAGAUUCUUAUUAGAGCAGUUAAAAGAUUCUAUUACCAAAAGUGUUGAGGUGAAAAUCACUUGAUAACCCAUUUGUCAAAGAAGGAUGAGACAUUAGCCUUCGACAAAAUUGAUGCCAUUGUUAAUGAAAGAUUCUCCACUUACUCCACUGUAUCAGAGACUAGCAGCAUUCCUAGUAUUUCAGUGAUUUACGAUCCAUCUUUUAAAUUAUCUGAAAAUACCAAUAUACUUCUUGAGAUAAAAGUGGUCUUAGCUAGCAUUAUUAUAAGGAAGAACAUGAAGAAAUAUAUAAACAGAUGAAAUCUCAGAAGAAUUUGUGAAAAAUACUACCAAAUUAUUUACAAAUAUUCCUACAAAAGACUUGGGAAUCUUCUCAAUUCAAGAUCAAUAAAGCUGAUUUUUCUAGACUUCUUUAAAUCUGAAGACUUUAAGAGUAUGCUAGAAGUUGAUGAAUCAUUGGAGAGAGAUAAAGAAGCGUAUGAAUAUAGAGCCCAAAGAAUUGUUAAGUAUAUUACCCAAAUGGAAUCUCAACAAGAAGCUUAAAUUUUGACAUUGGAAUUAUAUCAAGGCAAACAAACAGACUUGGGAUCUUUAUCAAUU